GCGCCGGGCGACGGCCACGCAGCCCUCGGGCCCGCGCUGUCGCAGCUGCAGCGGGGCUUCGUGCGGUGGUCCCUCUACUCCCGGACCGGGUCGCUGUGGAUCCGGGGCAAUGUGAUCUGGAUGAAGGCGAUCCCGGUGCUGUCCCUGCUGCUGCUGGCGCGGCGCGCCGUGCGGCUCUCGCGGCUGCUGGGCCGGGAGAGGAAGCCGCUGUGGCUGAUACUGGGGAAGACCCUGCUGGAGUCGUGGGCCACGCUGGAGCUGCUGUUCCUGCUGUCGAGGACGUGGAAGAAGAGGAGCCUGGAAGCCCGCAGAGCUUACCAGCCGGCGAUGCUGUGGAAGGCGCCAGGCGAACGGAUGAAGCUUCUGAGUAGCUUUCUCUCGAGCACGGACAGGAUACACGCGGGCCACCCCUGGUGGAGGAGAUGA